AUGUCGGAACAGAUCACCAUCGGGGCUUACCUCCUCGAGCGUCUUGCUCAACUCAAGGUCACCUCCAUGUUCGGUGUCCCUGGUGACUUCAACCUCGGCUUCUUGGACCUCGUUGAGGACCACCCUGCGAUGGAAUGGAUUGGCAACUGUAACGAGUUGAACGCGGCCUACGCUGCCGAUGGCUACGCUCGUGUGAAGCCCACCUCCAUCGGUGUCAUUACCACCACUUUCGGUGUCGGCGAACUCAGCGCUAUCAACGGUAUCGCUGGAGCGUUUUCCGAGAUGGUGCCCGUCUUGCACAUUGUUGGCGUGCCUAGCACUUCCCAACAAAAGAACAAGCCCAUGCUUCACCACACCCUCGGUGAUGGAAGGUACGACGCAUACGCCAAAGCCGCCGAGCAGUUCGCCAUCACCCAAGCCACCCUCCUCGACAAGCGCACCGCCGCUCAGGAGAUCGACCGUGUCAUCACCGCCUGCAUCACCAGCGCCCGUCCCGUCUACCUCUUCAUCCCCACCGAUGUCGUCUUCAUGAAGAUCCCCACCGGUAACCUCCAUACCCCACUCACCUCCGCUUUCCCGCCCAACGACGAGGAGACCGAGCAGUUCGUGUUGGACGAGAUUGUCAGGAAGGUUGAGGCGGCGGAUGGAGAUGCGAUCUUCUUGGUUGAUGCUUGCGCCGUGAGGCAUCAUGUGAAAGAUGAGGUGAAGGAGCUUGUGGAGAAGACCGGCUUCCCGGUGUACGCUGCGCCCAUGGGCAAGAGCGCCGUCUGGGAGGGUUACGAGAGAUACGGUGGUAUCUACGUCGGCUCUAUUUCCCGACCUGAGAUCAAGGAGAAGGUCGAAUCCGCAAAACUCAUCAUCUCCAUCGGCGGCCUCAAGUCCGACUUCAACACCGGCAACUUCACCUACCGCAUCCCCAAACAGCGCACCAUCGAGCUCCACUCCGACCACACUCUCGUCCAGUACGCCAAGUACGACGCCAUCGGCAUGAAGCAACUUAUCCCCAAACUCAUCCCCCGGCUUGCCGGCUUCGCCGCCGCCGCCUCCAAGUUGUCCGUCCCCCGGUUCGGCGCGAGGUUCCCCACUGAGGAUCCUCUUGGUGAGGAGACGAUCAGCCAUGCGUGGAUGUGGCCGAGGAUGAGCCAGUUCUUCAGGGAGAAGGAUGUGAUCGUGAGUGAGACGGGAACGAGUAGUUUCGGUGUUUUGGACGUGCCGUUGCCCAAGGACGCGAUCAACGUCAGCCAGAUUCUCUGGGGAAGUAUCGGAUGGACUGUCGGUUCUACUCUCGGUGCUGCCCUCGCUGCCCGCGACCAGAAUCUUGGCCGUACGCUCCUCUUCAUCGGCGACGGUUCCAUCCAACUCACCAUCCAGGAGGUGUCGACCAUGAUGAGGCUCCGGUUGAAGCCCAUCAUCUUCCUCCUCAACAACUCUGGUUACACGAUCGAGAGGUACCUCCACGGUACGCACCGCAAGUAUAACGACAUCGUCAACUGGAAAUGGACGCAACUUCUCGACGUCCUCGCCCCCGCCGACCUCGAGCCCCGCCCGAAGUCGUACACCGUUCACACGAAGAAGGAGUUCGACGAGCUCCUCAACACACCUUCCUUCGCUUCGUGCGAGACUAUCCAGCUCGUGGAGAUCAUGAUGGACAGGUUCGAUGCGCCCCAGGCGUUGCAGAGGCAGGCGGAGUUGAGCGGGAAGACGAAUGCGUAUGUCGCUGAGUACCUGUAA